GCCGCCGGGCGGGCGGGCGGGGAGAGCCGGGCGCUCCAGCCCAGCCCGCCGCUCACCUGGCGCCCGCCGCUCACCUGGCGCCCAGCGCGCCCCGGGUCCGCAGCCCCUCCCGCGCGGCCUCAGCCCCUCGCGGCCGCGCGCCGCGGCGCCCACCUGCGACACGAUUCGCCACGUGCUCCGGACGCGCCGGACGAGCCCCCUCGGCCUGCGAGCGCCAAGAGGCCAGGGGUUAAAAUGAACGGAGACCCGAAGGUCAAUUUCAGCGGCUGGCUUCGGGAUUACUUAGAUGCCGGCGCUGCUCCGGAGAACGUCUCGGCUACUGCCUCCUCCCGGGUUCCUGUUGUGGAGCCACAGCCAGAGCUCGUGGUCAACCCCUGGGACAUUGUCCUGUGUACCUCGGGAACUCUCAUCUCGUGUGAAAAUGCCGUGGUGGUCCUCAUCAUCUUCCAUAACCCCAGCCUCCGAGCACCCAUGUUCCUGCUGAUAGGCAGCCUGGCUCUUGCAGACCUGCUGGCGGGCAUUGGACUCAUCAUCAAUUUUGUUUUUGCCUACCUGCUGCAGUCAGAAGCCACCAAGCUGGUCACAAUUGGACUCAUUGUCGCCUCUUUCUCCGCCUCUGUCUGCAGCUUGCUGGCCAUCACUGUUGACCGCUACCUCUCCCUGUAUUAUGCUUUGACAUACCAUUCGGAGAGGACAGUCACGUUUACCUAUGUCAUGCUUGUCAUGCUCUGGGGGACCUCCAUCUGCCUGGGACUGCUGCCCAUCCUGGGCUGGAACUGCCUCAGAGACGAGUCCACCUGCAGCGUGGUCAGACCGCUCACCAAGAACAACGCGGCCAUCCUCUCCGUCUCCUUCCUCUUCAUGUUUGCGCUCAUGCUCCAGCUCUACAUUCAGAUCUGUAAGAUCGUCAUGAGGCACGCCCACCAGAUAGCCCUGCAGCACCACUUCCUGGCCACCUCGCACUACGUGACCACCAGGAGAGGGGUCUCCACGCUGGCCAUCAUCCUGGGGACCUUUGCUGCUUGCUGGAUGCCCUUCACUCUCUAUUCCUUGAUAGCCGAUUACACAUAUCCCUCCAUCUACACCUACGCCACCCUCCUGCCUGCCACCUACAAUUCUAUCAUCAAUCCUGUCAUAUAUGCUUUCAGAAACCAAGAGAUCCAGAAGGCCCUCUGCCUCGUGUGUUGUGGCUGCAUCCCAUCCAGUCUCUCCCAGAGAGCUCGGUCGCCCAGCGAUGUGUAGCAGCCUUCUGCUCCCAAGCUCCUGCACACCCAGCACUGCACCCACCAAGCACUUCCACUGCCUGGCCCACGGUUGAGAUGCUUCCCUCAAAUUCCUUAUACUGGGUUCCCUUUGGGUCCACAGGAACCCUGAGCAUUUCAGUCAGAUGAGUUAAGUGAUUGAAGUGAAAAUAAUGUUACCAGUGUUUUCACCCUUUUAAAAAAAGGUGUUUAGUUCUUUGCUCAACAUUUUUUAUGUGUGUUUUGUUUGGGAAUGGGGGAAUUGUUUUGUAUUUUAUUUGGAGACAGGGUUUUUAUUUUGUAUUUUGAUUGGAGGGUUGGUGGUGGUUCAGAAAGGAAGGGAUAUGACAUGGCCAUGAUGUUAUAAAAAAGUAAACUGGUCCCAGAGUUUUUACCUGGACUUUAAAAUAAAACUGAGUUAUUGAGGAAAAUGAA